AUGGCAGACGCUACGUAUUACCGGGACCAGCUUAGUCCGCAGGAUUAUUAUGCCAGUCUCGAUGGCCACCGAGGUUCCGCGUGGCCCUUGAAGGACAAAUUCCAUGAUAUCGAUGACAAGAUCCAUUUCAAGCCUUAUAUGAAGCGACUGAGUGAUCCGCUCACUAAGAAUUUCGUGCUGGAUUUUGGUAAUGAGGACGCAUAUUGUGCGACGGACCUGGAAGAAGACGAAAUCCAGCUGUUGCUGAGGAAGCCGCGAGCGAAAUGUUUCGGCACAAGAUGGAUCAAUUUUUGGACACCAGAGGAGCAAAAGGCGUCAAUUAAAGCAAUAACAACACACUAUGGAGUCUCCGAGCGACUACAGGGAAUGAUGUGCACCGAUCCGGCCAUUCAUCGCCCCCAGCCAGUUGUAUUGCCUAAUAAGCGACAAUCUCGCUCACGCUCGCGUGACUUCGACUCAACAAUCGACGAACUGGAUGAUGUCGAGAGUGCAAUUUAUCUCAAGAAUCUCCCGGAGCAAGAUGCGAUGCAUGAUGCUCCCUCUUUCAAGCACCUUACGUUUGCACAUGUCACGAAUCAAAUCUGGCAUUUCUCUUCUGUGGACCAUGGUCCACGAUUGCCUGAUGUUCCAAAAAAAGAUAUGGAUAACGGGGAAGAUCUUCCUGACGGAAGAAGGAUCUGGAAUUGGCUGAUAUUGACAGAUGAUGGAACUAUCAUCUCGAUCCAGGAGAACCCUCUACCAAUGCAACAGGGGCCAUUAUCGACGAGCCAAACCAAAAUCCUCGAUGUCGUACGCAGGAACAUCAAGUUCAUCUUCUCCGGCGUCUCGAAGCAACAUCUCACUAUGUCCGAGAAUGAUUCCCUGGUUACGAUUCGCGUGCGCCAUUUUAGCGACAGUGGUCCGGAUGAGGCCAAUAUCAAGCAGGAAGAAGGACCCAGCUUGCUCUUCUACUACAUUUUCGAUGACUGGGUGUCCAGUUAUGGUCUGAUCGCGAAGCGGGAGCAUAAAUAUGGAGUCGCCCUCGAAAGACUGAGAGCUGAUAUGCUCAAUCGCCCGGUGGUUGAGCUCAUUAAUGAACUGCACUGGCUCGGCCGCCGACUCGCCGUGCUCAAGCGGUUAUACCAGAGCUACGAACUUAUCAUGCAACGACUGCUCCAGCGUCACCGUAUGCUGCGGGAUGAAGCUCGCUCCCACCAACCGGCCCCAUUGCCGUUCGGAGCGACAUUCGGGGACAAGGAGUUUGCCGACUUGCGCAAGGACAGCCUGAUGAGCAGUGGGAGUUUCCCCAGCACGAGCGACAAACCGGUCGGGGUGAUUCUGAGUUCGGCCGCGGCAGCACGUUUUGAGCGACUUGCAGAUCGGAUUGUUCUGUAUUGUCUGAGUGAAAUCGAGUCCUGUUUGACGGAGAAGGAAUCUUUGACGUUUUUGAAUUUCAACUUAAUCGCGCUCAAGGACUCGCAAGCAGUGGAGAAAUUAACCCGGAUCACGAUCUUGCUUGCGAAGGCGACCAUUCUGUUCCUACCGGUUAGUCUGAUGACCGCGUAUUUCUCGACGGAAUUGCAAGGCGUCAAGGGCGGGUACACCAAGGUGGAUUACUGGACGAGCUUCGCGGUGAUUUUCGUGGUAUCGAUCGUCCUGCUGAUGCUGUUCGGCAAGGCCAGCGAUACCGUGGAAGGCAAGACGAUCUAUCGGUCCUUGGUGAAGACGUUCUUCCGGUCGGGGCGAGAACGGGCAGCCAGGAUCUCCGGACUCGGACGGGGACGAGAGCAUUGA